AGCAGCAACAAUGUCAGACAGCAUACCUAUAGUGCAGCAGCAGCAGGAGCUGCUGCGGCAAUUCAAUGAGCGCCUAGCCAUCUACCUCGAGCGUGUCCGCAGCCUGGAAGCAAGAAAUAGAUUACUUCGCUGGUGUGAAGAAGACAGUCGGGCUCAGCUGAGUAAACUACGUAGCGACUAUGCGAAAGAGCUGGCCGCGGUGCGCGAGAACCUCAACAGGCAAGUAUUGCAAAGGGCAACUCUGCAAGUGGAGCUGGAGAGCCUGCAAAAGGAGCACAGCCAGCUGCUCUCCAGGAAUUCUAAAAAUGAGAAUGAAUUAAGCCUGGCAGACGCUCGUGUGAAAGGCCUCACUACUCAGCUGCACUACAAAGAGGGCGAAUUGAUGACAUCCUUGAGUAGACAGCAAAGCCUGCAGAAUGAUCUUCAGGAGUCGGAGCAUGAAAUUGCCUCUCUCAAGGUAAUGGUGAAUGAUUCCAAAAGCCAACUUCACAAUGAGAUGUUGAAUAGAAAAUAUGCAGAAAUGAAAGUGGAAACCCUGCAGAAAAAAGUGGCAUUUCUAAAGACCCUCCAUGAAGAGGCAAUAAAGUACAAGAACAAGUUCCACGAGGACAAGAUUCGAGAAAUGCAGUCUCAACAUCAGCAGGAAGAGAAUAAGCUGUUGAAUGCUUACAAAGAGCUCAGAAAGGAACACGAACAAGAUAUUUUGGCGUAUAAAAAUCAGAUGGAGCAAAACUUAGGUGCCAAAAUGGAAGAGCUUCGGAUUUCUGCGGCAAGGAGUAGUGUGAUGACCAAUGUUGCUCAGGAGGAGUUCAGAGAAGCAAAGAUGAGAGUUGAAUCUCUGGUGUCACAGAUUGCUGCGUUGGAAGCCAGGAAUGGAGAUUUGCAGGCCAAAAUAAGGACGCUGGAGGACACCAUUCUCGACAAACAAGGCUCAUCAGAGAGACUCCUAGCUGACAAGAACAGGGAGAUUGCCGAAAUGCAGCAACGUAUGCAAGUACAGCAGGAAGUGUAUAUGCAACAGUUGGAUCCGAGGUUCGGUCUGAAUAUGGAGAUCAGGGCAUCCUUGGCAAUGCUAGAAAGAGAGGAAGAACGGUUAAGAGUGCCCAGGCCCGGCUCAGAAAGUGUUGGAACACUUGCAAGCACAAGUCUGGACAGCCCCCUCCUCCCGCGAAGGAGAAGAAGGAUGCAGGCAGGGGAGGAACCGGAACGCCAAGUCCGCAGCGUUUGCUUCAAAAUGGUCCAGCAUGCAUCAUAUUCAGGAAGUAUUUCCAUAGAAGAUAUUGACAAAGAAGGACAAUUUGUCAAAAUCAGAAACAAUUCUGAUGAGGAGCAGUCACUAAGUGGGUGGACCGCAAGAAGGCAGCAUGGAAACCAGUCUGACAUACCGGUCAUGUACGAGUUUCCUGCUCAAUGUACCCUUGGUGCUGGUCAAUCACUUACAAUCUGGGGUGUGCCAGAAAGUUCAAGCCCAGCUCCUGGUAUGCUUGUCUGGAAUUCCCCCGAGUCAAUGAGCGGUGGAGAGGGCAUUAAGAUUAUACUCCUUGACUCUGCUGGAGAUCGAAUGGUAGAAGGAAAGCUCACUUACGAAGAAAGAGGAGACGAUAGAGAAGAUGAAAGAGGAGAUGAUAGAGAAGAUGAAAGAGGAGGUGAUGGAGAAGAUGAAAGAGGAGGUGAUGGAGACAUGGAGGUGGCUGCUGGGGAAGAAGGAAUGGAGUUUCCUACUCAGUGAAAUGAAAGUCGGACCUGCUUCAUAAUGUAGCCAAGAGAAGAUGGUGAGCAUCUGUGGAAGCUUCUUCCAACCAAAAUGGUGCUCUACGUAUAUGAAAGUAACAACCUGCAGAAGGAGACUCCGUUCAGCUUAGAGCUUUACCCCAUACUUCCCCCCCCCACAGUUGCUGUAUGUAAACCCAUUUUAUUUUAUUUUAUUAAAGAUUUUCUUGAUUUACAAAUAUUUCUUCAUUAAAGAUUUUCUUGAUUUUUAUUUUUAUUUUAUUAAAGAUUUUCUUCAUUUACAAAAAUAUGUGCAAUGUCUCUCAUACCAUUUUUACAAGUCAGUGCUGGAGUGGCAUACAAAAGAUGAACAAGUUAAAACAGUAAUGAUUGAUUGGACUAAAGAUGUGGGGCACAAUAUUAUGUUGAAUGAUUAGGAGAGG